AUGAGUUCUGAAGCUCACGUUCUGGCAGAUGGCGUUGAGAUUGGGGGAGGGGGGAGUGAUGUGGGUCAGGAGAAUGAGGUGUUGGGAGGAGCGGAUGUGGAUGUGGAUGUGGAUGUGGAUAUGGAAGAUGGUGGAGGGGCGAUUCCCGAGGUAGAUGGAGGAGGGGGCCAUAGGCAAGAUAUAGAUAUCGAGAUCGAUUCUGCUAUUGGAGCGGCUGGGAGUUAUGCGACUUCGACGUAUACAGCUGGCUCUAGUCUUCUGAAUAGGAAUGUGGAGGAGAAUGGGAGGACGUAUCAUGUAUAUAAGGAUGGGAAGUAUAUGUUGCCCAAUGACGAAAUCGAGUUGAAUAGACUAGCGAAACGAAUGAAUGGAAUAGAUAUGCAAAACAAAAUGUGGAGCAUCACGUUGGACCAGAAGCUUCAUUUAGCACCCAUUGGCUCGAAUCCUCAAAACGUCCUCGAUAUAGCGACAGGGACAGGAAUAUGGGCCAUCGAUUUCGCCGACGAUUACCCCUCUGCAAACGUCAUCGGCACUGAUCUCUCAGCCAUCCAGCCAGCAUUAAUCCCACCAAACCUAUCCUUCGAACUCGACGACGUAGAAGAUGACUGGGUCUUCGCCCAGAAAUUCGACUACAUCCACGGCCGCACCCUGGCCACAUGUUUCAAGUCCCCGCUCUCGGUAUUCAAGAAAGCGUACGAGGCGCUGGCCCCGGGGGGCUGGUUCGAGAUGCAGGAUAUGUGUUUGCAGCGGAGUGAUGAUGGGAGUAUGGAUGGGACGAGUUUGAAGGAGUGGCAGGAGCAUGUCCAAGAAGCAACGGCCUUUACAGGCGUGCCCUGGACGAACGUCCCGAAUUACCAACGCUGGUUCAUCGAAGCCGGUUUCGAAAAUGUCACCGAGGUUACUUUCCGCUGGCCGAGUAAUCAGUGGAGUGGGGAUAGGAAGGAGAGGUUGCUGGGUGCCUGGACACAAGCACAGAUCGACAACGGCAUGCUGGAAUCCGUAUCCACACGCCUCUUUAUGAUGAAGCUAGGCUGGUCGCAAGAGAAGCUGGACGCGUUCUUGGCCAAAGUUAAUGCGGAUACGAAGAAUCCGAAUAUCCAUGCCUAUUCUCCC